AUGCAACAUAGAAAAUGUGUGGGGACUUUUCUUAUCACCCAAACAAUUCCCAGAAAACUGGCGGAGAAGAACUUGGUAAAAUAUAUUAGAAGUAUAGUUGCGCAACGUGGUAACAUAGGGCAGUACAAUUACGCGGCUAACAAGGCUGCCAUUGAAGUCUUCAUCUUGCUGUUUUUGGCAUCUGAAAAUAGUUCUUAUGUUACUGGUGCGUCAAUUGUAGUUAGUGGUGGUUAA